AAGGCAGAGAUGGCGACUGCGACUCGGCUGCUUGGGCGGCGUGUGGCGAGCUGGCGGCUGUGGCCGCCGCUGCCGCCGCUUGCCGGCCUUGUUUCCCAGCGAGCCCACUCGCUGUUGCCGGUGGACGACGCGAUCAACGGGCUGAGCGAGGAGCAGAAGCAGCUUCGUCAGACCAUGGCUAAAUUCCUUCAGGAGCACCUGGCCCCCAAGGCCCAGGAGAUUGAUCAAAGUAACGAGUUCAAGAACCUGCGGGAGUUUUGGAAGCAGUUGGGGAGUCUGGGAGUACUGGGCAUCACAGCCCCUGUUCAGUAUGGCGGCUCCGACCUGGGCUACCUGGAACAUGUGCUGGUGAUGGAGGAGAUAUCCCGAGCUUCUGGAGCAGUGGGGCUCAGUUAUGGUGCCCACUCCAACCUCUGCAUCAACCAAAUUGUGCGCAAUGGGAAUGAGGCCCAGAAGGAGAAGUAUCUCCCCAAGCUGAUCAGUGGUGAGUACAUCGGAGCCCUGGCCAUGAGUGAGCCCAAUGCUGGCUCUGAUGUCGUGUCCAUGAAGCUAAAAGCUGAAAAGAAAGGAGAUUACUACAUCCUGAAUGGCAACAAGUUCUGGAUCACCAAUGGCCCUGAUGCUGAUGUCCUUAUUGUCUAUGCCAAGACAGACCUGGCUGCUGUGCCAGCUUCUCGGGGCAUCACAGCCUUCAUCGUGGAGAAGGGUACUCCUGGCUUCAGCACCUCCAAGAAGCUGGACAAGCUGGGGAUGAGGGGCUCUAACACCUGUGAGCUAAUCUUUGAAGACUGCAAGGUUUCUGCUGCCAACAUCCUGGGCCAUCUGAGUAAGGGCGUCUACGUGCUGAUGAGUGGGCUGGACCUUGAGCGGCUGGUGCUGGCUGCUGGGCCCCUCGGGCUCAUGCAAGCCGUCCUGGACCACACCAUUCCCUAUCUGCACAUGAGGGAAGCCUUUGGCCAGAAGAUCGGCCACUUCCAGGUGAAUGGCAUACUUUUGCUGAAAUGUACUCUCAUUGAGCUGAAGUCUUCUUUAAAGAAUGAGGAAGUGGGGCAGCUGAUGCAGGGGAAGAUGGCCGACAUGUACACCCGCCUCAUGGCAUGCCGGCAGUAUGUGUACAACGUCGCCAGGGCCUGUGAUGAGGGCCACUGCACUGCCAAGGACUGCGCGGGGGUGAUUCUUUACUCGGCUGAGUGCGCUACACAGGUAGCCCUGGAUGGCAUUCAGUGUUUUGGUGGCAAUGGCUACAUCAACGACUUUCCCAUGGGCCGCUUUCUUCGAGAUGCCAAGCUGUAUGAGAUCGGGGCUGGGACCAGUGAGGUGAGGCGACUGGUCAUCGGCAGAGCCUUCAAUGCAGACUUUCACUAGACCCAGGACUUCACCCUCUUUUCCCAGCACCUGGAGGCCUUCCUUUGGAAGCGGACACCCACGGCAGCCGCUAUUGCUCAGCUGCCCUUCUUGCCUUAGCCCUGUGGCCUUUGCAUGAGAUUGAGUUCUCCACAAUGGCUGCCACGCCCUGUGGGCCUCACAGCUGGACCAGCCAGCCCGGAAGGCGUUCAGUGGCUUAAAAUGGACUCGGCAGGAGGCAUACUGGCUUUUCUGGGGGUUGUUAGGAUGGGCUUUGGUGACUCUGUGCCCUUCCUCUCUAACUUCCAAGCCUGAUGCUCCUAUUUCCAAAUGCAGGCAUCUGGGGGUGUGCAGGCACCCACCCCUUUCUCUUGGGUGAGCCUCAGACAGGGAACCCUCUCUGCUCAAGUACAGCAAAAGCAUUGCCUCAUCCAUUUACUGGAACUUGGUAGUCUCUUUUCUAAGUAAAAAGCCAAAAACCUAGCCCUUGUUUCUGCCAGUUUCUAGAGGCAUUGGCUCCCAACUGCUUGUGAACACCUGUGCUGCAAAGAGCCCACAAUGGGGCAGAAGGCAGCAAGCUUUUGGGAUCAGCUCAACGCUGGCCUCCUUGGCAGCACCUCUGAGCCCUUCCGCACUGCUCUGCCACAGGCACUGCCCAGUCCUGGCCGCGUGACCAUCUGCAGCGGACUGGGCAGCAGGGACAGGCCCUGCCCGAGCAGGCCUGAGUUGGCUGGCUCCAGUCAGCCGAGGCUGCCUGCAUACAUUUCUCUAGACACCCUAACACUAAUUUUGUUACAACUGCAUAGCGGCUGCUGCCAUUUUGUAUUUAAUACAUCGUGAAGCAAAUCCACCUGCUUCUAAAGCAGUUUUUGGGGAGAAGCAAUCAACUUGCUGCUGCCUCCUGUCUGGAUCCAGCGUGUGUCCUUGGAGAGUGGCUGGUCCAGGUCCUAUUUCUGCCCUCCAGCCUCCUCUUUGGCAGUGGGUGAAAAGAGGGUAGAAUCAUCAUCCCUUAGGAUAGAGAAGGUCUCAGCCUCCCUGUCCCAGAUCUCCCAGUAAUUUUUAAAGGAAGGAGAGAGCUCAGAGUGGAAGGGUCUUGGAAUUAGAAAGAAGCUUAUACAUUUCUGGAAGUCAUCCCUAAGUUUUUUAAAAGAUCAAGACAAUCUGACUUUCUCAAGGUCAGAACUGGAGCUAGAAUCCAGAUCUGCUAGCGGCAAAAAAAAUGGGGGUGAUUUCAGAGAGAAUUCUAGUUUGGAGCCCCACUGCACAGCAACCUGGAUGGAGCAUGGUCUGAGAGUGGAAUGGGUCUGGGUUGUUCCACCCCUUCUAAGUUUCUAGAAGAGGGAACUGGUUUUCUUGGCUUCCUAAAGGAAAGCAGAUUUUCCUGGCUCGCAGCCCAGCUGCUCCUGGUCCUGGCUUUUGGUCCUGGCCUGUGGCCAAGUGCUGUUGCCAGUAUGAGGCUUGACACAGGUGAGGUUAGCUCCUCACCAGCCCCAGCCCAGUCCCAUCCAGGGCUCACACGCUGUCUCUUCACUUCUUCAUCCUGCCCCCUGCUGUGUUGGAGUUGAGUAUGACCAAAAUGAUCUUUCUGGGUCAAUGUGUAGCUGGAACGACCAGAUGGAGACACGUGACAGAAUGGGUGGUUGUGUCCACCAGAGCCCUGCCAACUUGGGGAGAGGGUGCUUGUUCUCCUGAUGCUAUGUGUGAAGUAGAAAAAUGUUUAAAAAUAAAACUAAAAAACAAAGUGAA